AAACUUCGAGAAAUCGAUUUUCGGAGAGUGCACCACAAAUUCUGGACUGUAUGGGCUGGAGCAGAGGAUGGGGACUGCUCAGCAGAGACUGUGAGUGAGAAGCAGGAGGUGAAGCCCCCUCUCAGAUAUGAGCUGACCCGGCCUCUGAAGGUGAUAACUGACCUUUACUUCAGGUUCCAACUGGAUGAAGCAGAAACAAACUUCUUAGAGUGGGCCCAGCAGAGAGAAGACUCCCUACAGUUCUGCUGUGUGAACAUGAAGAUUGAGUCCUUGUCCCUAGAGAAUGUCAGCACGAUUCUGACAGUUUUCCAGCCUGAGCAUAUCCAGGUGUUGGAACUCAGCACAGAUUGGAGCUGGCCCUCUCUGGCACAGUUUUCUCCCUACCUCGCUUAGAUGAGAAAUCUUCACACGCUUUCUCUAGCGCAAAUUCCCGAGAACAGAUUGGGGCUUGAUGAUAUACCAGGCUCAGAGGAGAAGGAGCUUGUCGGAAAUUUCCUUUCUCAGUUCUCCCAACUCAGCAGUCUCCAGCAUCUCUCUUUGAAUGGCAUCUCUCUUGCCAGGAGGCACAUGAAACUCUUGCUCAGGAACCUGAAGACGCCCUUGGAAUCCUUCUCUAUCACUCACUGCCGGCUUUUCCAGUCACACUUGAAACACCUGUCCCGGUGUGAGCGGCUCCAUCAACUAAAACACCUGGACAUGUGUGGCGUUCCUCUGUCCUGUUUGAGGAUGAAGCCUCUCAGAGUUCUCCUAGAGAAAGUGGCGAACACUCUUGAGACUCUGGGAUUUCAGGGGUGUGGGAUAAAGGACUCCCAACUCAGUGUUCUCCUACCUGCCCUCAGCCAAUGCUCGCAGCUCACCAAGGUCGAUUUUUAUUUUAAUGACUUCUCUGUGAAUGUCUUGAGGGACCUUCUCCGCCACACAGCCAACUUUACCAAGAUGACCACGGAGCAGUACCCUAUCCCUCUGGAGUGCUAUGAUGAGUUUGGUUACUUCUCCAGAGAGUCAGUUGUCCAACUUUGCCGUGAGCUCAUGGACACACUCAGGGCCAUGCGGCAGCCCAAGGACAUGUCCUUUGCUGCAGUUCUCUGUGGCAGUUGUUUGAAGCGCCGUGUGUAUGACCUGGAGGCCAGGGUUUGUCCCUGCUUGCAGUAAAGAGGGGAUUGUUACUUUUGGUCCUUGCCUUCUCAGGGUGGCUUUGUGCAGAGCUGUUAAAGAGAGUGAGCAAUGCAGACACCUUCUGUGAAGGAGGGUGGGGGAUUUGGAGAGGUUUUUAAUCCAGGAACCUCAGUGUAGGAGGCACUGUGUGCAUAUCAAUGAUGGCAGGAGGAAAGGGCAAUGCAGACAAAUGUUUUUUUAUUUAUUUAUUUUUAUUUUUCGAGACAGGGUUUCUCUGUAGCUUUGGAGCUUGUCCUGGAACUUCUGUAGACCUCCUGAGUGCUGGCAUUAAAGGCAUGUGCCACCACUGACAGCUAAACUUAAUUUUGUAGCUAGAGUUUUCCUGCCUGCCCCACAGUCAGGACAAAUCUCUGUCACCCGCCAGUCCCACAGCUGCUCAGACCCAACCAAGUAAACACAGAGACUUAUAUUGCUUACAAACUGUAUGGCCAUGGCAGGCUUCUUGCUAACUGUACUUAUAUCUUAAAUUAAUCCAUUUCUAUAAAUCUACACCUUGCCACGUGGCUCGUGGCUUACCAGCAUCUUCACAUGCUGCUUGUCAUGGAGGCGGCUGGCAGUGUCUCUCUUCCCUUCCUGUUUCCUCAAUUCUCCUCUCUGUUAGUCCCACCUAUACUUCCUACCUGGCCACUGGCCAAUCAGUGUUUUAUUUACUGACCAAUCAGAGCAAUUUGACAUACAGAUCAUCCCACAGCACUUCCCCUUUUCUUUUUUUCUUUUUUUUAAGAUUUAUUUAUUAUGUAUACAGCAUGUAUGGCUGCAGGCCAGAAGAGGGCACUAGAUCUCAUUACAGAUGGUUGUGAGCCACCAUGUGGUUGUUGGGAAUUGAACU